AUGGCAUCUGAGACAAUCCCUGACGUCUACGGACCAGGCACCUUCACAGACAAGUCGUUUACACCCGUUCCCCAAGACACAGAACGCAUCUUCCGCCUCCUCGCCAGCCAAACUCCCGGCUUCACACAGGAUGAGGCCAUCCUCUCAAAAGUUCAGUUCACCGGCGAGGAGUACCCCGUCAUCCCCGGCCCAAUAAAAGCCACGUCUGUCGCCGCGGCACUGCACGGGAUGACGGGCGUCUUGGCCGACGAGAUCCUCGCCCUGAGGGGAGUCAGGAACGAUGAGCGCCGCAUCAUCGUCAACACGACGCACACCGCCCUCUGGUUCGGCUGCAUCGCCACCGCCUACCUGGACGGCGUCGACGUGCUGACACUGGCCAUGACCGGCGAGUCCAAGAAGGUCGUCCCGGACUGGGAGAGGGGCUGGACCGACACACCACUCAAGUACCGCUGCACAGGCCUGUACCCAACAAGCAACCCAGAAGUAUGGUACUCGCUCCACGGCAGCCUGAACGCCGAGCCGGUCCUGCGUUCCAUCGGCAUUGACCCGGCGGCACCCAUCAAGACAAAUGAGGACGCGGCCCGCCUCAUCGCCGAGCACACCUCCAAGCUGAGCCCGGAGAAGCUCGAGAUGAACAACCUGCUCAACGGCUUCUGCGGGAGCGUCUGCUUCACCCCCAAGCAGUGGCGCGAGUCCGAGAUGGGCCGCUCGCUGGCGUCCCACCCGCUCGUCAACGUCAAGGCGCAGGACCAUGCCGUUCCUACACCCCCCGUGGCCUUCCCGCCGCUCAACCCAACCGACAGGCGGCCCCUCGCAGGCGUGAAGGUUCUCGAGAUGACCCGCGUCAUUGCCGGCCCCAAGAUCGGCACCAUCCUGGCGGCCUAUGGCGCAGAUGUCAUCCGCGUCAACCCACCACACCUGCCUGACGUCUCCCUCCUGCAGCUCACCCUCAACGCGGGCAAGCGCACCAUCGCCAUCGACCUGCGCAAGGAGGAAGACGCCGCGCUGCUCAAGUCGCUUGUCGGGGAGUGCGACGUCUUCAUCCAGGGCUAUCGGCUCAACAAGAUGCCCAAGUACGGGUUGGGCCUGAACGACCUCCUCAAGGUCGCCGGCGCCCGUGGCAAGGGCAUUGUCUACCUCAGCGAGAACUGCUAUGGCCCCAACGGGUACUACGCCGAGCGGCCCGGCUGGCAGCAGAUCGCCGACGCCGCGGCGGGGUCGGCGUAUGUCACGGGCAAGAGCCUGAAGCUGGCCGACAACGAGGCUGUGCUCCCCAGCCUGCCCAUCUCGGACAUGUCGACCGGUGUGCUGGGUGCCGUGGCUGCGAUGCUGGGCCUGAAGAGGAGGGCCAUCGAGGGUGGCAGCUACUACGCCCACGCCAGUCUGACGGCCGUCAACGCGUACGCGCUGACCGAGGAGGUCGGCCUCUACCCGGAGAGCACCGUCGCGGAGUGCAAGGAGCGGUUCUCGUGGGGCGAGAUGAGGGGCCAGCACCACGUGCUCGACCUGCUCGUGACCGUGUGGAAGGGGUGGAAGCAGGUGCUUGGCGACUACCUGCAGCCCGAGAACGGCUGGUUCCAGCAUUUUGAGAACAGCGCAUUCGACGGGCGGAGGCUGAGCGUGCUGAAGCCUGUUGUCAAGCUCGAGGGUGACGAGGGCACGACACCGAGUUGGAGCUCUGGCAGCACGCCGUAUGCCUACCUGAAGGCGGCGGAGGUGAAGUUCCACUCAUGA